UCAAAAUUCAUUCGUUUGUCGAACCUAGUGCUGAAAAGUCAACCGAGUUGGCGGUGUGAUUAAUUGUCGCAGUGUAUUAGUGUUAGCAGCUAGAUCCUAUUUAAGUGUAAGAUCUGUAGCUGUUCAUAAGUUAAUCUAGCGCCAUUUAGUCGACUUUAACGGAUACUCGGUGAGCAUUACAGUGCGCCGUUUACAUUUUCAUACAUGGAGAGUCGUUUUGAAAUUAGAAAAAAAAAAAUGAAUUAAAUAAAAUAUAAAAUAGAAGAUAAUAAAAAAUUAAUAAAAUCCAAUAACGAAAAAAUACGUAUUUAUCAAAAAUUAUUUAAUUAAUAAAAAAUAAAAUUAAAAGAAUAAAAUUUAAAAAAUAAUUAAAUAAUAAAAAAUUAUAAAUAAAUUAAUAAAAAAAAAGAAUCAAAAAUCAAAAAAUAAUAGUUGCGUAAUAUAAAACAAGUAAAAAAUUCAAUCAUUAAAAUAAUUAAUAAAUAAUCAAAAAGUUAUUUAAUCAAAAUAAAAUCAAAUCAAGUGUCAUAUUUAAUUGUGAGUAAAAUAACGGCAUAAAGUGGCUGCCAAUUUCUGAAGUUUUAAGGACUUAUACGUAAACGUAGUAUACGUCACGGUCGAGAUCCGCAGCGUAAGCACUCAGCUUCUUCAACUUUAAAUACAGAAAUCGCCUUAUUGACGUGUAAACCAAAGAGACUACAGCAAUGCGUCGCCUAAUUGGUGUAGUGUUUCUAAGUCUGUUUACCUUGAGCUUAUUGUAUCCAGCUCAAGGCGAAAUAUCACGAGAUGACAUAGUCGGAACCAUGCGGUCACUAAUUUAUUCCUACAACCAAUUAGACAAUAAAUUAGAGCGUCACGAGCAUCGCGAAAAAGCGCUUGGCGAAUUAAUUAAAAGAGCCCUCCAGACUCUGCAAAAAGGACAAAAGAGUCUCGAACCACUAAACGGCAUAUUCGCUCGUUUAGAUGAGCGUGUCAGUCAAAUUGAAACGUUGUUGAUAACGCAAGAAGAAAAAUACAACAUACAGACCGAAAAACUCGGCGAGGCGCUCGAACACAUAUUCAAAUGGAUGCGUGAGAAUGACGAGUGUUUGAAGCGACCACCUGUGCCCGCGGGAAUGUCAGUACCAGCGCCAAUUGUCCAGCCUCCAGCCAUAUCACCGGAAUUCGUUAAAGAGCAGGAGAAAAUCAAUCAACAGAUGCUUGAGCAAAUUACGAAAUUGUCUUCGAAUGUGGAAAAACUAUUGGACACCUCAAAGGAUAUGAUGGAACAGACCGAAGUGGCAUUCAAGAGUGUGCCGUCCACUGCAGAUAUAUUAACUAAAAUUGAAGAUAAAUUGGUUAGUUACAGUGUUGUUACGCCAGCGCUCGUGCCAGAGGCGGUGGACAACUCGGAGUUCGAGAACAAAGUGUUUGUGAAAUUCGAUGAACUGGCGACUGGUAUGGAAGAGUUACGUGCGCAACCUAAGCCACAAGAUGGUCUUACAAGUGCAGACAAAGAAUUUAUACAUGGGUUGGCAAACGAAACACUCAGCGCUCUUGAGAAUGUGAAGGCCAGUGCGCAGAGCAGCACUGAAAAAGCACAAGCGGAAACAGCGUCACUCAUCAAAGAAACCGGACAGAAGCAACAGGCUGAUGCUGGCAAAAUUUUGGUGGGCGUCAAUACACAAGCUGAAUUACUACAGAGAUUCUACGACGAAAUGAAUACCAGCUACAGCAAGUUAAAUGAGGGACUUGAAAUUUUCAGCAAAUUCAAUAAUAUUCUACUGGCAAACGCGGAGUAUGUCUUGGACACACAACGUAAAGUCGAAUUUGGUACUUUGCAGACAGUACAAAAGGUCAACGACAUAAUUGACAAACAACGAGAGGAGAUUGUCGAUUUGCUGAAGACACGUUUCGACGCCGUCGACGAGAACAUCAUCAACACUCAGCUGGAGACAAUGCAAAACCUUAGCUCCACAAUUGAAACGGAAAUCAGUCAUGUUUGGCGACAAAUUUCCAUUAUGAAUGGCGAGAUUAGUGACAAUAGAGAUUUACUGACUCUAAUGCAGGGACGCAAUGAUGUCUUUGUCAAUAGCACAUUCUUCAGCAUGGCUACUAUGGGCAAUAAGGUAGAGGAUAUCAAGGGACGCAUGCUGGAUAUGGAUACAAAUUUGAAUUAUCUGUUGGGCAAAUUGUCAGUGAUGUCGCAGGAAUUCGGUGCCAUCAAACAAGGACUCGCUGAUUCAUUAGAGCAGCUACGUAACACCUUCCAUGUGAUGCAAGAGAAACUGCCGCCUUCGGGACCAGGACCGCAUAAUAUUGCCAAAAAUGAAUACGAGACAGAAUUGAAUUUACUGAAUAAACGUCAUACCGCUGCCACAACGCAAUGAAUGGAAUGAAACCGUUUAAUUAUUUAUGCGAUAUAAUUAUUUCAAAUUCAUUUAGUUUAUAACAAAAAAAAAAAAUUAAAUAAGCGUUGUCUCUUAUAAAUUAAUCUAUUCAUCCAUCACCAGUCAUUAAAUCAUUAAAGAACCAAAAAUUACUGUUAACAAGCAAUCCUAAGAAUACAAAUUUUGACUAUAAUCCGUUAUUUAUAAGUUAUAACCCCUAGUUCGGACUUUCUUUAUUGAAUGUAUUACAUAAUAAUAUAUUAAAAACGAUUUGAUUUAGAAAAUAUA